GUCACUAUAAAAGCACGUGUCAUUUAGAACAAUAAAUUAUUUAUAUUGUAUUGAACUAAAAAACAAUGGAAGUGUUAAAACUACUUUGUUUUUUAACUUCACUUGCUGUUGUCUCAAAUGCACUGCAUCGAACAGUCACUCUUUCGUCAGGAUACAUAACGAAAGGUAGAAAUGCCAGUGAUAUAACAAUUCAAAACCACCGUGGCUCUCAAGAAAUUAUAUGGGAAAAGGAUUUUAAUAAUUUGAAAUUUUAUUUUAUGAAGGUACAUGAAGUGACUGGAACACUGGAAGCUGUAACAGUUGAUAAUGUAUGCAAGAAAUAUAAAAAAGAAAGUAUAGAACGCGCUGUAAAUGAUUUUUUUCUCAAGGAAUUAGCAAAAACAGAUAAAUGCCCAAUUAAAAAGGGUAAAGUAAAAAUUUCCUAUCCGAUGAAUUUCAAAUAUGAAAUAAAUGAUCCAAAGACAGCAUGUGGACCAAUUAUUGCAAUGUACAACAUUAUAAGAAAAAAUCAGACGAAUUCCGAUGAUAAUCCUUUAUUAAUGAAUAUUUGGUAUCAAGGUGUUAUAUCUGGUGACGGUUGUAAAUGAUAUAGUAUUCGAUAAUGUAUAAAUGUUUAUUGUGGAUAAUAAAAAAGAAAAAUUUAAUAAAGUAUAA